AUGGCUGAAAGCAUGGAAUUCAGCCAUUCGGGCAUGAUUCAUGGAGCAUUAGAAUUGGGGCGUCUAGUCAUCAGCAUGAGGGCUACAGAAAAGACGUAUGACUGGGUUAUUACGAGAGGAAAUCGCUUCAAAGAGUUGCACCAAGCGGCGAAAGAUGAGUUGUGGGAUGAACUGUCUGCGGGCGGAGCGGCGACGCUCCAGCGUCGUUGA